UAACCGAGUCCCGUGAUUGGGGGUCUUACUCGCUGGUAGAAUAGCGAGUAUCACAUCAUCCCCUGACCACUGUCAAGUGAGCUCCUGUCAGAGUCGCCAGCCUCGGAUCAUCCUCGAUCAAACUAGCCGCCAUGCACGCUUCCGUCGUUCGUACUUGUUUGGCUUAUACGUUAUUUACUAUGGCCUUCGCUGCAAUACCAUCGUACAUAAAGGUAUGCAGCCGAAACGACCCGGAAAUAAAUAAAUGUGUAAUUAAUUCAAUUGAGCAACUGCGAGACAAACUGACCACAGGAAUUCCGGAAAUAAGUGUUCCAUCAAUCGAACCGCUUAUCUUAAAGCAUGUGCGUUUAUUGAGAGGCCCCACCGGUGCGAGACUUGAUAUUAAUCUUACGAACAUUCAGGUAUUUGGACCUUCCACGUUUAAUAUCCGAGAUCUUAAGGUUGACCCAAAAAAGGUGGCCCUUACCUUUAAAGUUGGCUUUGACAAGCUCGAUUUUCGGGGAAAGUAUCAGAUAAACGCGCAAAUUCUGUUGCUCAAAUUGGUUGGAGAAGGAGGUCUUAAUGGAAGUUUCCUGGGUUAUAAUAGUGACUGCAUUUUGAAGUCUCACAAAGUCGUUAGAAAUAAUAUGUCGUAUAUAGUCUUCGAAAAAAUGAAAUUUGACAUCACUAUAAAUAAGGCCCGUAUCAAUCUUGACAAUUUAUUUAAUGGCGAUCCAAUUCUUGGACCAGCGAGCAAUGAAGUUUUAAACGCAAAUAGCGAUUUAUUGGUGGACGAGAUAAAGCCGGUAUUAGAAGAAGCUUUAUCAGACUUGUUUACCGACGUCGCCAACAAGAUCACUGAAGCAUUCACAUACGAUGAAUUAUUUCCGAAUAAUUAAUCCUUUAUUCAUUUGUUGAAUCUCUAUUGUUACCCGAAACUUAAUUUGAUUUAUAUUUCUCUAUUUAAAUUGUUUCUUGAUUUUUAAAUUACAAGGGCUGCGACACUUUUGAUAAACUUUAAUUAAUAUUGCUGUUUUUAUAUGGUAUAUUUUAUAAUAUAUAAGAGUUAGUAAGUUAUAAUGCACAAGCACAAAUUGUGUUUAUUAGCAUUUGAUUGCCAUGCAAAUUAUGUCGAAAAAAUCCUUUCUUUGUACAAAAAUUUAUAAUUUUUAUCUUAAAAAUUUGUACACUAUUAAUUUUUCAGUUUUAUUUUAUGUUUCAGUAUAAGUGGUUUAAUAAUUGUAUUUUAUGCGAUAAUACAUUAGUACUAAAUUAUUAAUCCCAAGUGAGUUACCGAUAUAUUAGCAAUCAGUAAUAGUUAAAAUUAAUAUGACAUAAGAAUAUCAUAUAACUUAUACUUUAUAAGUCUUAAAAGCAUAUCUCAGGUACCUUAUUUUUGAUUUACUAAUCUAAUAAAUCUAAAAAAGAUAGUUUAGCAUAGUGAAAUCUUUUUGGUUAAAUUAGAUCAUUAAAAGUAUUGUGUGAGUGCAUAAUACAAUAUACACUUACAUAAAGUAAACAAUAUUUUAUAGUAUUUUAGAAAAAAAAAUACAUUUGGAAAUGGGAUUUCAUAUUUUACAUAUAUAAAUUAUAUAAAAAUAUACGAAAGAGAGAAUUCCACUAAAUUUAUAUUAAAUGAGAUAUAAUAUCAAAUGAUGAAGCUCAUGUUGCGAAAUUUUUAAGCAAAAGAAUACACAUUGUCCUUUAUUAAGUCUGUUACACGUGCCAAAGUUACGCAAGUAAUUACAACUCAAACUUUGUUGAAAUAAGGGAGACAAAAAUGUAAUGCAAAUGAGAAGAAAUGCUAGUUAUAAUAAUAUGAUGUAAAUUGUUAUUGUAAUGAUUAUUAUGCUCGAUCGUGUAUUACAUUUUAUUGUUGAAUUGAAUGCAUUUAUGAUUAUCACAUACAGAUAUAUGAUUUUUCAAAAA